UAAAGUUCUGAAAGGCGGAAGUGGAGGAGAAACAAAGCCCAGAGGUGACGGAGUUGGAGUUUAACUGUAAAGUUCUUCUUUCCUGAGACCCGGGAAAAACACAGCCCUCCAUCAUGGCCAACGAAGUUUACACGGCGACAACGGUUUCUAACCCGAAGGCGCCGUUCUGGCUCGGCCCGGCGUCGGAGCAUCUGGACACGCCGCGCUUCGCCCUGAAGAUCCUGGAAGUGCUGCUGUCCCUGGUGGCCUUCGUCCUGGAGGAGACGGUGUCCACCUGCCUCAGCUGCUCUCCUCUGUACUUCUUUGAGUUUGUGAGCUGCACAGCCUUCCUCUUCACGGCGCUGCUCCUCUUCCUCCUGUCCACCACGCUGCACAGCAGGGUGGGCAUCAGCUGCUGGCCCAAAGUGGACUUCCUGUACACGCUCCUCAUCGCCGUCUUCUUCUUCAUCGCCUCCAUCGUGUUUGCAGCCAACAACGGCAAAACGACGGUGGAGACCAUUGCUGUGCUGUUCGGCUUCCUGGCCAUGGUGGCGUUCAUCCUCGACGUCAUCCUCUUCCUGAAGGUCAGAGGUCAUCCCUUCCAGGGCGCUCAGGCCCCGCCCACCACCAACGGCGCCGUUCCUCCGCCUGAGGCCGAGAAGCUGAACGGAGACGCCAACGGAACGGCGUAGAGCACGGCGGCGCCUGCGGGGGGCGCCUGCGGGGGGCGCUCCGUCAGCCAAUCAGAGCCGCCUGAGACACAAACUGGUUUUUAUUGCUGUAGAUUCAGAACCAGCAGACACUAAAACAACCAAACCACUAAACUCUGCUCCACUGGGAGUCACACGCCUUACUGGUUCUGACUGGUUCUGACUGGUUUUUACUGGUUUUCUCCUGCUCUGCCAGCUUUGCUUUUUAACAGUUGCCUUAUAAUUCUGGAUAUCUUGUAGAAAUUAUGUAAGCUCCUCAUUAACUUGCCACCGUUUCUUGAUGGUUUUUUUGUUUUUAAAUGGAAUUUUUCUGUAAAUUUUCAGAUUUUUGUAGAUUUGUCCAGAUGUGUCGAUUAUUUUACUCCCUGAAGGAAGAUGAAUGUUUGGUUUUCCAAAUGAAUCGGGCAGAAACUGUUCAGCUGCACAUUUAUGUCCAAAUGAAAUGUUUCAUAUCAAUCAUCUGCAGAUUUCACGGCAAUUAGGAUGAAUCUGAAGUGAAACUCCUGUCACUGUCCAGCAGGGGGAGCUGUAAUCUCAUUUGAGUCAUUUUCCAUCAUUUCCUCUGAAAUCAGUUUCUUCUGAUGUGAAACAUGAACCGUGUGACGUUCCUGCAGCCCAUGGAUUUAUCUGCCUGCAGCUUCGUGUUUCUAAAUGUUUCUGCUGCUGAGACAGAAAACUGAUCAUAUCGGAUCUCCGGUUUGGGUCCGGGUGCAACGUCUGUCCUGCUGUUACACCUUUAAUCGUCUUAAAGGAAACUAUGUACUUCCUGUCAGGCUAAGGGAACCACUUCCUGUUUUUAUUUAGUAGAAAAUCACAGUUUCUGCCUUAAAGAUGAUCUUUACCUUUUCUGCUGUUUUAUAAAUGUUCAGUCAUCCGUCAGAUUGAGCGGUUUAUGGUAAUAUCGUUGGUUUUGUCUCCGUAUCGUUGGUUUUGUCUCCGUAUCGUUGGUUUUGUCUCCAUAUCGUUGGUUUUGUCUCCGUAUCGUUGGUUUUGUCUCCAUAUCGUUGGUUUUGUCUCCGUAUCGUUGGUUUUGUCUCCAUAUCGUUGGUUUUGUCUCCAUAUCGUUGGUUUUGUCUCCAUAUCGUUGGUUUUGUCUCCGUAUCGUUGGUUUUGUCUCCGUAUCGUUGGUUUUGUCUCUGUAUCGUUGGUUUUAUGCCCGUAGACUAGAGAGGACUGCAAGUUCGAGGAGAGCUUUUGUUUCUCCUGGUUUAGUUUCUUCCAGAUCUCCUGAUCGAUCUGAACAUGUUUGAAUCUGUUUUAUUGCCAAUAAUCUGUGUGACAAUCAUGUAAAAACAUGAAUGCAAGCGGUUUUUCUGUCAGACGAUCCUGUUUGUAUCGGCAUCUUCAGAUCCAAUCAAAUGUUUUCUAUGAUUUGUAUGAACUGUAACUUCCUGUUUCUCUGUUGCUGCAUUUUAAUAAACUUUUUAACUUUA